AUGGAUGAUGGUAUAAAUGCAACGUAUAUAACUCUUGAUGGGCAUGUAGAAGUAAGCAAAUACAGAUAUGUUUAUUUUUUUAUUAUAUUCACAUUAUAUAUUCUUAUAAUAUGCAGUAAUUCUACUAUUGUGUACCUUAUUUGGAUACACAAAAACCUCCAUGAGCCUAUGUACAUUUUCAUUGCAGCCUUGUUAGUGAACUCCAUUGUUUUAAGCACUGCUGUCUACCCAAAGCUUCUGGUUGACUUUUUAUCUGAAAAACAGAUCAUAUCUUAUUCAGCCUGUCUCUUUCAGUUUUAUUUAUUUUACGCUGUAGGCAGUUCAGAAUUCUUACUGUUGUCAGCCAUGUCUUAUGACAGGUAUGUGUCUAUAUGUAAACCUCUACAAUACCCAACUAUAAUGAGAAAAAACACUGUUAGUAUUAUCCUUUUUUUUGCAUGGCUUCUGCCUGCUUGUCAUAUUGCAGUCCCAACAAUACUGAGCGCUGAAACAAAACUGUGUAACUUUAUUUUAAAAGGAAUAUUUUGUAACAAUGCAAUUUACAGACUUCAAUGUGUAACAUCAGGAGUUAUCACUAUAUUUGGCUUUGUUAGUUUAUUAGAUCUUGCAGUUCUGCCUAUGCUCUUCAUAAUAUUUACAUACACAAAAAUACUUAUAAUAACCUAUAAGAGUUGUAAAGAAGUAAGGAAAAAAGCUGCGGAGACCUGUUUACCCCACCUUUUGGUUUUAAUCAGUUUUUCCUGUUUGAGUGUAUACGAUGUCACUGUAGCUCGAGUGGAAUCCAACUUCCCAAAAACUGCACGCUUAAUAAUGAUGUUGCAAAUAAUUUUGUAUCAUCCUCUAUUUAAUCCGAUAAUAUAUGGACUAAAAAUGAAAGAAAUCUCUAAACACCUGAAAAGGUUGCUCUGUCAAGCCAAACUGAUGUAA